AUGGAUAACUCCACGCCGCUCGCGGACUACUUUUGGAUUGCUGGGAUAGAGCACAUCGCCUAUGACGAUGUCCCGGCACCUCAGCAGCCCCAGCAGCUGGACGAUACGAUCGUCGAGGACGGCGAGGGAGAGGAUACCGACACCUCAAUAGCGAGCCCAUCGCGGGCCACGGCUCGGCAUUCCCGCCAAAGCUCGACCAACCGUCUCUCCACCAUCUCUAAGCUCUCCAUGUCUCCCUCGCUUUCUGGUGGCGAAGGUAGGGUGCUGGAGGACGUCGACGGCAAUACUAGGAGUAACCGCAGUAGCGCCACCAUCCGGCCAAUACCGCCUCCAAACUUUGGCGCUUCCAAUACCAAUGGUUUCGGCGGAGGGGAAGGAAUCGGGUUUGAUGGGUUCCCGGCCGACUUUGACUUUGACAAGGCUCUUCUCAAGUUUGCUGCCGAGCGGGAGAACUUUCUCGACGAUCUCACCUUCAGCGCUGGCGCGAAGAUCCAGUCGAGGCCACCAAUGGUCAACCCAAGAACCGAGAAGCUAAAGGCCGAAGAUGUCGACGCGAGCGGGAGGAAGAGCCCUCUUAGGAGCAUCCGCGGCAGCAUCCGCCGCAAGAUGAGUUUUAGGGAUAUGAGCAGCGUGCGGAAGCAGCCCAUGCCCCCAAGAGCGGCUUCGGUUCGCACCGCAAAGCGCCUCAGCAACUACAACUCGGUCAUCCCCCCUCCCGAGCCGUUGAACCUGGACCCCGACAUGCAUCCCCUGAAGAGGCGAUUCGAGCCCGUGUUGCUCGACAGAUACCCUCAACGAGAUGCCUCGGCGGACGAGCUGGCGAGGAGAGGCAAGUUCCCAGACUACGUCCCCAUGUUCGCCUUUCCCAACGACAUUCAGAUCGUGUCCUCGGACGAGCGUCCACGGACGACAUGGCACGGGUUCACCAUGACCUCGGACGAUAAUUCCAAGAUCUACGGCAUCACCGUCAUCGUUUGGACCGCGCUGAAUGCCGAGGUGGCCGAGGAGGUCGAGAAACGUUGCGAGAUAUGGCGGCAGAGGCACAUGAGUAACGAGGAAAGGGAGCUUGCCGCCAGUCUGGGCGUUCGCCUGGCUGCCGAGCGGGCACAUCUCUCCCAGCUGCUGGCGAAACUCGGAACCGUACCUUCGGGCUCGGCGGCCAGAGAAUCACUCGACGAGCAGAUCAGUUCGGUGGAGGAGAAGAUCGCGCUCAUGACAGAGAUGCUAAGGCCGUUGAGACACGGCGCGGCAUCCAAAAUUGACGGUCUCACAGCCGGCGAGACGGGCCUCUGGACGCCACGGGCGUUCGGCAUCCUUGGCAGAGAUCCUUCCAAGAUGGGCUUCUGGAAGGAAUGGCUCAGGGCAGUUGUCGUGCCCAUGACCGACGGCGCGGUUUUGCGGAUCCCCCCAAGCUCUCCGAAGGUUGGGCGCUGGCAACCACUGGAGCGCUACGUCGUCAACCUCUGCACCGAGGCAUUCAGCCCCCUAAGCUCUCUAACCCAGGUUGAGUUGGGCGUGCGGGAGCUGCGGCUGUACGCACGAAAGGAGGCGGUCAACGAGAUUCCUGGAUCGCGCAGCAUCGACCUCUACGCCCUUUUUCGAUGCCUCUCACUGGAGAACAUUGUCCUCCUAUUCGAGUACGCCAUGUCCGAAGCCCGCAUCAUCUUCCUCUCGUCACACACCGGCAUGUUGCACCUUGCUUGCCAUGCGUUGGCCAGCCUUCUUUAUCCCUUAAAAUGGGCGAGCAUUUUCAUCCCUGUGCUGCCGGCGCGACUCAUUUCUGCCCUCGAGGCACCCUGCCCGUAUAUCGUAGGGGUGGAGAGACGGUACGAGAAGAUCGACCUUCCUGAAGACGACUACGUCCUCGUCGACCUAGACAAGGAUGCCAUUGACGCAUCGACAUCUCCGGUCAGCCUACCACGGCAACACCGGCGAAAGCUCCUCUCCCUGCUGCAGGUAGCUGCGCCUCACCGGUUGCGGUACGGCGUCACUGCCGGGCCCCCUCCGUACGCGGUUGAAGCGUUCCCGUAUGAUGCGUUUUCGGCCGAAAAUGAGGCGAUCUUCAAUCCGACCCCGGUGAAGAGCUCUUUGGGCAAGUGGGUGACGCAGAACUCGUCCACGUUUGGCGAGCCAGAUCCAGCCAGCUCGAUGCGCACUCCUCUUCUUAACGCCUUCGCGAAGGCCAAGAUCGACACCACAAAGCUUGAGCGGCCGCCGACCAGCAAGUCAAGCAGAGGUAGCCCCCCGUCGUCCGUGUCGCCUGUGUCGAUGCACUUCCCACCCAUGCCCACGACGCCCGUGUCACGCAGUGAUUCCGGGUUCGCCCAGACCCUCCGCGAGAAGCGUUCGGGGCACUUUGACGAGAAGUCUAGGCGCAGCUCUUCGUUUGGCAUGGAUAAACACCAUCCACCAAUGCACCGGCCAAGCCUCCCCUUUCUAAAUGGGCACAGCCAGAACCUGUCGAUAUCCGCCAUCUCUAUCGAUUCGCAGUCCUCGUUCGGUGGCUACGCGCCCUCCACGUACGCCCAAUCCACCAUUGCCGCAUCAACCAUCAUGCCCAACAUGAUGGUCCAGCCGGUGCGGAAUACCGAGAACACCGUUUGGGUGGAAGGACACUGCUUUAACUGGACCGUCGCUGAAGCCAAUUCAAUGUGCACCGUCUGUGAGGAGCGCUCGGAAGGGGACGGCCUCUACAAGUGCAACGGAUGCGACUGCCUGGCGCACAACCGAUGUCUGGGAUUCGUGUCGCUUGUGUGUCCCGAAGCUUUCCACGCCGACCGCGUCCGAGCAGCAUUCGUCCGCUGUCUAGCCAGCCUUCUGUACACGUAUCGCAAGCACCUCGGCCGGCCGACGAGGGAGCAAAAGUCCCACGGGCAGCUUUAUGCCUUCGAUAUGGAUGGAUUCAUUCGCAGCCUGCCGUAUGAUCAGCAGGAGUACGCCGUCAUGAUGCGGGAAACCCAAGCAUUCAACGAAUUUAUCCACGAACGCGAGCGCACGCCCGCCGCAGACCCGUCGAUCCGCCUCUUCGACGAGAUCAUACUCGCCAAGAAGGCCCGCGGCAAACCCACUUUCUCGGCCGGCCUCUCGCGCCUCUCAACGCUGCGCGCCAGCCACGGCGUCCCGCCGAACGGAGGCGGUUUCCACGCGCCCAGCAGCACGCGGUACGCGGGCGCCACGGCAACAAAGGUGGCGGGGUACCUGUCCGACACAACGGACCACAUCUGGCGCACGGCCUCGGUGCCCGUGCCGUCGGCAAAGUUCCAGGGCGAUUACCGGAGCGUUGUCACGCGCGUCCCGCUGCGGUUGGACCCGGCUCUCAUGCGGGAGCCCCGCGCGAUUCAGGGCGUGCCGAGGCCCAAGGAGCAAGGGAAGGUUGGCGGGAAGGGGCUGGUUAGGAAGCAGGUUGCUAGUAUGCUCGGACCGCCGACGCCAGACUUUAGCGUGCCGUGA